AUGCAUAGCUUUUUGAAUUAUUCUAUCUUAUUAGUUAUACUUUUUACAUUCACAAAUUGCUCACCGAUUUCCAAACAAAAUUUAACAACGAGAUGUCAUAGUCUCUCUACUAAUUCAGCACAAUGUUAUUAUUUACAAGAAAAUAUUACAACAAAAUGUAUGGAAAAUAAUGAAAUAAAUCGAUAUAAUUAUCAAUAUAACUUUAUAUUAUCCGGAAAAAUUAGUUAUAAUGACAAUGAUUUAAUAAGCAAAAUUAAAAAUUGUUGUUGUCAUUAUCGUCCAAGUGAUUGUACAGUAAAAUAUGAUGAGCCAAUUAGAAAUAAUUUUGAAAUUCGUGUUACCAUUACAUGUGUAAGCGAUGAUAAUUGUAAACAAUUCUUCCAGCCAACAAUUUCUGAAGGUUGUCAAACAACAUGUGCAGUAUCAACAUUAUCUAUAGAUCAUGACAAUUCGUUCAAAAUUAAUAGUAUAAUCGAUGUAUUGAAAAGUAAUUCGCCCGAUGAGGUACUCAUUCGUGAUAGUCGCGAUGUCUCUUCUUCUAGUGAAGAAGAGGAUACAUUUAAUCAUACAAUAACCAACACACAUUGCUUUGGCGAUGACUGUUCAAAUUUUAGUCUUUCUUUAAACUAUUCUUUAUCAGGACUAGAUAACGAAACCAUGAACGAUAAUAGUAGUUUUCCAGAUUAUAUCUUUUUUGUUCACGAUAAUAAUACUGAAAAUUUUUUUACUGAAGGAAAUGCUACAGAGAGUAGUUUUUAUAACCAAACGGAUGGUUACGUGACAUAUACAUUCAAUGACGUGUAUCAAGUGAAUCCAAAUGUGGAACAGACUGAAGCAGUAUUAGAGAAAAAUGACUUAACAACAGCAAAAAAUGAAAAAGAUGGCAUACAAUGGGACACCCGAGAUGGUUAUGAUGAUGAUGUUGUGUGA